AUGGGCGCCCAGGGGCUGGAAGACUUCGUGCAGUGCCUGACCAGCUGUGAGCAACGGGCAGCGUGGCCGUGGCAAUUCUACUUGGUGCUGGAGCUGCUGCUGGGCAAGAAGCCAGGAAUCGGCGGCGAGCGCCCCAUCGGCCUCAUGCCCAUGCCGUGCCGCAUCUGGAGCGCAGCCAGGAGGCCCAUAGUAGCCACCUGGAGCAAGGCAGCGGCGGGCUUCUGGGACACGGCAGUAGCUGGCUCCUCAGCGCUACGAGUGGCAACGCACAGACUGAUGAGGGCAGAAGCCGCCACGGAGAUGGGCUUUCAUGCAGCAGGAGUCUUCUACGACGCGGCAAACUUCUACGACGACAUAGGCCUCGACCAGCUGAUCGGGAAGGCCAGCGCCCUCCAGUGCCCGUUGCUGCCGCUGGCAAUGGCCGUGCAGAUGUACCUUGCGCCCAGGGCCAUCAUGGCCCACAACCUCUUCUCGGACAUCUUCGAGCCUGCCAACAGCAUGGUAGCCGGCUGUGGCCAAGCGGUCGACCUCACCAGACCGCUCUUGUAUGGCAUCCUGGAUGCGGCGCACAGGCACUACAUCUUCGUCGUCAUGCAGCAGUACCUGGACGACCUGGCCCUGCAGGUAGAGGGUGCGCGGCGGCAGGUCAUUGCCCAGAUCAAGUACGUGGCAGCGCUGGUGCACGAUGGAUUCAAGCAGCUCUCGAUACCCAUCUCCGUCAAGACGGCAGUGGUGGCCUCGGACAAGGACCUCCAGGCGGAAGUCGCCAGCAUCCUGGACAGCCUGGGCACUCCCAACAAGCAACCAGGUGUAGUGCGCGACCUCGGCGUGGACACCUGCCUCGGCAAGCAGCUGCGGCGACCCACCCAUGCCGCGCGCCAGGCAAAGGGGAAGAAGUGGGUGGCCAAGCUCAAGGACCUAGCGAAGACGGACGCCAGAGGCGCGGCAAAGGUCUAUUCAGCAGGGGCCUACUGCCAGCAGGCCUGGGACUUACCAGCGCACGGCAUCACGCCCACGGAGGCGAAGUCGGUCAGGGCCACGGAGGCAGCGCUCCUCACAGGCGGACACAAGGCUGGACGCUGCACGUCCACCAUCCUCAUGAUCCAGAGGGGAAUGCAAGAGGCGGUAACCCGAGCCAUCGGCGACCAGAUCAAGCAGUUCUGGCUCACCAUAGUCGACCACCCGACGGAGCUCAAGAGGUACCAGAGAGGCUGGCUCCUGCUCUACGCCAAGCUGGACUCCAGCAGAGCGCGCAGCAGCAGCUCCGGCAGCAGGCUGCUGACCAUCGCUGGGGAGAAGGACUUCAGGCAGGUGGCGACCUCUAUCAGCUGCAGCGCCACCUGA